GAGCAGCAACAUUCCAAGGUUAGGGUUUUGCAGAGCGGCGUUGCAUCGAGAACUCGGGCCAAAGAAAUCCGCCGAAAUGCCGAAGCAGAUUCACGAGAUCAAGGAUUUCCUUCUUACUGCAAGGAGGAAAGAUGCUCGAUCAGUGAAGAUCAAGAAAAGUAAAGAUGUCAUCAAGUUCAAGGUUCGAUGCUCUAAGUAUCUGUACACACUGUGUGUGUUUGAUCCUGAGAAGGCUGACAAAUUGAAGCAAUCUCUUCCUCCUGGCUUGAGUGUCCAAGAUGUGUAAACAAGAUCACCUCUCCUGCAGUUUGUUUCAUGAGAAUUUUUAAGCAGCUUUUGUUUUUCUUGAGUAUGUGAGUUUUUGUAAUAGAUUGAAUUAUCUUAUUUGGAAGACAUUUCUAUUCUGGUUGUUUCUCUUGAUGUAUGAGCACAUCCAUGAAUUUUGAUGAUUAUUAGGUUUUCCAGCCAUUUAAUUGCCA